AUGAGGAUUCUCACCGAACCGACUGACCACCUGAUGGUGCGAAACGAAAGACGCUUCUGCGACUUCCUGUGGGUAGUAGCCAAGUCAGGGAAGGGGGGAGAGCCAAACUACAAAAGACGAAGGAGCAGAAAGUUAAAGGGAGAAGGAUACGGAGGACACGGAGGCAAUGUCAUACUGAAAAGUAAAAAAAGCAUUUACGAUUUAAUAAAAAUAGAACAAAAGGUGAAAGCAAAUGAUGGGGAAAAUUUUAAAGAAAACAGCCGAGGAAAAGAUGGUAGUGACAAAGUUAUAUUCGUACCAGUGGGAACAAUUGUGCGAAAGAGAAUUUACUGCAAAAAAAAAAAUGAAAAUAAUAGGAAGGUAUAUAAGAGCAUUUUUUGGUAUCAAUUUUUAAAAGAAAAUGAAGAACUGUUGGUAGCUCGAGGAGGAAAAGGAGGCAUAUCCUAUUCCUUUUUUAAAAAGCAUGACUAUAGAUUGCCUGAGAUGGGGGAGAAGAUGCUCCUCGAAUUGGAGCUCCGACUGCUGAACGAUGUAGCCUUCAUUGGCAUUGAGAACAGCGGGAAGACAUCCCUCUGCAGUAGCCUCAGUAGGUACUAUGGGAACAUUAGUAGCCACAUGUUUAGCACCACCAUACCGCACGUCUCAAACAUUAACUACAUCGAUGGGGUUGAAAUAACCCUGCUGGAUACCCCCUUCUUGUUUCAUAACGCGCAUAGGGAUUGCAGCCGGGGAAAGAGAAUCCUCAGACAUUUAUACAGAAGCAAGCUCAUCGUUUACGUCAUCGACGUUGCGAGCGAUCAGCUUGAGAAUGUGGACGACACACAGGUGGAGGACUACUACACGGAGAGCCUAAAGGGGGGGCGCGGCCGAACGGGGGGGAGCGGCCGCACGGGGGAGGAGAUUCGUGCAGUUGACGCGGCUGUCGCUGUUGACGCGGCUGACGCGAUGGACGCGGAAAAUUUAACCUCUCCCCCCCACAGGGACACCCACGUGCACACGUCAAACGAAACCCGCGCCAACCCAAAGGACUACCACAACGAUACCAUCAAGCAAAUAAAAAUGCUACGAAAUGAGCUGUUCCUUUUCAAUCCAGAUUAUUUAAAAAAAAAAGAACUUGUGGUGGCCACCAAGUGCGACAUGCUACACAAAAACGCCCUACUCAAUUUGGACUCUCUUUAUUUCCGCCUGCAAAAUUUGUUCCCCCAUAUAGAAGUUAUUGGGACCUCUGCGAAAUUCGGCCUAGGCAUAAAGCUCCUCAGCAGGAAGAUACGGGAGCUUAUCUACCCUCAGUACGUCCUAAAUAGUUACAAAACGUACGCCAGUAAUGUAGAGGACUAUAUCAUUCCUACGCACAGCCACGCCUGGGAGGGACAACGGCGGUUGCAGAAUUAUGAGCUUCCAGAGAAUGUCAAACAUAUGUACGAUCACAACUAUAAGGAAAACUUCGACUACUUUUUGAAGAAGCCUUGCGGGGAGAAGCACGACGUGGGUGGUGGCAGCUCUGCAGAUGGUAAAAAUUUUCUAACGGGGGAGGGUGGAAGGGGCUCUCCCUAG